UUGAGUGUGACGUUCAGUGAGUGAGAGAAGGUGGAAGACAUUCGGUCAAGGCAUGUCCGAUAGAUCAGUGAAAUCUCUUAGAUGACGUGACCAAAUCGCACACGGGGUUCAAUUAAAAUAUUUCGUAGGUGGAAAUUCGUUAAAAGAAGUUGAAAGUAGCACACUUAUUAAUUUUACCUUGUUGAGAUUGUUUUCAGUUCGUGAGUUAUUGUAGGAAGAAAAUUGUGUUGUGACCAAGCCAUUCUCAAGAACUUUAGUUGAAUGUUUUUACAUAGAUGUUCUACAAGAGCAACGACUUUUUAACUCCAUCCUAGUGAAUCAUACUGAUAGUGCGGCUUGCUAGGAAAGUGUGUAUAAAAACGCUCUUUUGUGAAUAUAUGUAUCAAUAUUAAGAAGAAACUCCAUCUCUUUUUAGAAUCGAAACCAGAUAUUCUACUCACUUCUGUAACUACGAAACUACUGCAUGAAAUCGUGAGCAACUUGUAUGUUCAGUUACGAAACUUGCUAUAGAAGGGUUCCUCUGUUUUGGCGACUACUCUAGAAUUGGACAUCCUCCUCACUCCAAACACCAUGCGGACAGAAACUCCUUAAGAAACUGCGUGAGAAUCUUGUACGUUCAAUUGCAAAUGUCGCUAUAGUAAGAGAGUGAGUUGCUCCGUGUUGUGUGACUCCUCUAGAGUCAGACUUCCUCUUCGGUCCACACCCCAUGCGGACAGGGACUCCCGAGGAUGACGGUCAGUUACCAGUACGAGGUGGCGUCCUCCACCUCCGGGGGGUUCACACGGUUGUUGUUCAUGUGGAGAGGGUCGCUGUACAAGUUGAUCUACCGGGAGUUACUACUGUUCAUCGUAGCGUUCGGUCUCCUCAGCACCGCCUACAGGAACCUCUUCACUGAGCCGCAGAAACGGCUGUUCGAGAAGGUUGUGGUGUAUUGUGAAAUGUUCAUCGCCUUCAUACCUCUGUCGUUUGUGCUCGGCUUCUACGUCGCCUAUGUAGCCGGUCGCUGGUGGCAGCAAUACAUGGCCAUCCCUUGGCCUGACAAGGUGAUGCAUUCUUUGGCCCUCUACAUCGGAGGUAACGACAUCCAGGGUCGUAUGAUCCGCAGGACUCUCAUGAGAUACCUCAACCUGUCUCUCAUCCUGGUGCUGAGAUCCAUCAGCUCGGCUGUCAAACGCCGCUUUCCCACCAUGGAUCAUCUUGUAGAAGCAGGGUUCAUGACCCGUCUUGAGCUAGAGAUGUUUCAAGCAGUUCCCAACAUGGAAUUUAACACCUACUGGAUUCCUUGUACUUGGUUCAUAGCUCUGCUCAAAGACACUAAGAAGUCCAAUCGAAUCGUUGACUCCCAGGGACUGAAGAUAAUUGUGGAGGAGUUCAACGAGUUUCGGUCAAAGUGUGGCUUAUUGUGGAGUUACGACUGGAUCAGUAUCCCGUUAGUUUAUACACAGGUAGUAACUUUGGCGACUUACUCCUUCUUCCUAGCAGCUCUGGUUGGAAGACAAUAUGUUGACGAAACUACAAGUCAACAGAAGAAACAGUUCCAAAUGGAAGUUGAUAUCUACAUUCCUCUUUUCACAAUAUUACAGUUCUUUUUCUACAUGGGUCUCUUAAAGGUUGCUGAACAACUUAUAAACCCGUUCGGUGAUGAUGAUGAGGACUUUGAACUGAACUGGCUGAUUGAUAGACACACUAAGGUCUCCUACCUUGGGGUAGACACUCUUAUGUCAAGAUAUCCUCCUUUAGUCAAAGAUAAAUAUUUUGACGAUAUCAACUUGAUAUUGCCAUACACAGGAGCAGCUUUUGCAUAUAAGAAGAAAACAUACAGAGGAUCUGUUCAUAAUAUGCAAGUCCCAGAGGAUCAGCAGUCGAUGUUCUUGCCAGAAAUAUCCGAGGAGGAAGAGGAUGACAGAGACAGCAGCAGCAAACGAGGAAGCUCUCCGAAGAAAACUUCGUCUUUCACCAACCUGAUGAACGCUGUUAGUCCACCCGCAGGUAUUUGGCGGGCAAGUAGUGAGAGGCCUAGUGUCAAUCAUAGUGGAGAUGUGGAAGCAAAUUUUCAAUCGGCAGAAGUAACAGCUCAUUUCGGAUUGAAAAAGUUUGAUACAAGAGCACCAUGGCAGACUCAGAGCAUACCGGUACCAAUUCCUAUCUCAACUCUCGUACGUCCUGACAUGCACGAAUGGCCUUCUCAAUCAACAUUGGACAGUGUAGAUUCUAAUCAAUUGAACCACGAAUCACCGGGAAUAAAAAUAACUAAUCCAUUUGACGAGAGCUUCAAGCAAGUACAAAAACUGCAUGAAAAAAUAGACUUUUCCCUUGGGCAAAGUACAGAUGGCAAUGAAAUGAUCAAAUCCACUUCUUCAAGUAGAAAUUCAAUACCCUUAGCCACUAGACGGUCUAAAGGCGGUACAAUAAAAUACAGCAGUACUGGAAACAUAGUGUCGAGUUUAAGACACAGUUUUAACAAACACGUAAAAGAUUUCAAAAGUGAUGAAAGAUCAACGAUGAAGAAACUACUGAGUCGAAGGCAGAGCACUGCUUCAGGGCAAUGGAAAGGUGUCCGGUGGAAACCAGUGAUUGACGACUCUGCUGGAGAUAUUUGGAGCGACAACUCUGGUAGACGUCCGAGCAACGACUCUCAUUGCAGACUGAAACAACCGAGCACAGCCUCUGCUAUGUCUCAAUCCCACCUUAGCUCGUCUGAGAGUAUAACUUCUUCAUUUCAGAGCCUUACUAGUCACAAUGAAUUGGAACCCUUCACCCAACCCUCUCUCGGUGUGAAGGAUUUUGAAGACCUCAGAAGUAGGAGCUGGAUGAAUGUUCCUAGAAAAGAAAGUCAGGCCUCUCUUGCCAUCAAAGAGCCGCUAACAGUUUCAAGUUUACCCAACAUUUGUCUUUCUUCCUCCCAACCACUUACCUCUUCUCGCUCGAGGAGUCAUUCUCUGCUCCUAGGCUUGGGUGAGGAACUACCAGCUCAAUCAUUAAAGGUUUUACAGAAAUCAUAUUCAACAUCUCCACGAAUUUUCUCUAACUUGCAAGAAACUAUUGAAGAAGAAAAUGAAAUGAAACAAUGACACUGUGAGAUUUAGAAGGAAUGGCCUGACUUGAAGUUCCAAAUAACUGAUGUCAUACAAGUACUAAAUAUCCCUUAACAUAACUGGAAGCAUUUCGAGUACCUAAUAGGCAAACUUCAAUUUCAUCCAUACAGUAUGUAGAAAAAUUGCUGUUAAAAGCUAGGUACCCACUGGGUUGGUACGGUCGGGUAUGGUCGUCAUGGCCAUUACAUCAUUUUUAAGAGGGUAUGCGCGCACUGAUUUGGGCUUUCCACCGUUCAGGCGUUGCUGCACACUGUCCUCCAACCUCCUUCUGCCAAAACAGGAGUCAGUUUGGGAGAGGAUCUGUUAAAAGAUGAAUGUUGGGGAGGAAAGUGCGGUAGUGAGUGCAUUUUUGGUAGAAGAGGACAUUUUAGAUCAAUCGGGCGGAUCCGCCGUCAUGGAAAUGUCCUACAGUUUGUAGUAUCAGACUUUCUAUCGGACAUCUGAUCAGAACACCGUUGACUGCCGUGACGAGGCAGUGAGCACAUGCUCAUUUAAUUCAAUGUUUUUAACUUUGAAAUAUCUCGUACCGAUAGUCCGUAACGACCCAGUGGGGCACCCAGCUUAAAGCUUUUGACCCUGCUAAACUUCCAUUGAAGACCUAAUGAUUGUUUAUAAAAUGUUUGAGUGGAACAUUUUUUUUUGCUAAAGUUUUAUGGCAAGAGCCCCUUUGUUACUGAGAACAUAUUUGAAGUCUCCUUUAAUAAGUCAUCCAUUGAGUUAUCCUGUCUGUACUAAGUUAUUAGCUGGGUUCUGAAUUACAAGUGAAUCUUCUUAGCAAGUAUAAUUUUACCACAUUUUACUUCCACUGAAGUUAUACUGCAUUUUCAGGUGGGAAUAAAAUCAUGACCACUCAAAUAAAUUUUUAUUUUAGCUUAUUGUUGCAAGUAUAAAACAUAUAUUAAUGUUAGGAUGUUAAACAAAGACAGACUUUAUAGUUGAGUGGAAAUACAAAAACCAAUAACAUUCCAUUCCAAACUCUUAUUACUUAUUUCUAUUUAUUGUAAAAGUGUUAGAGUUUUAAGUGUUUUUUUCUUUUUGUCAGGCAUGUACAAGUUAAAGGACUGAGAUUACUGAGGGGUCAGUAAAACCCUAAAUAAUUACUAAAUACACACUCACCACACCAGUUAGUGCAAACUUUAAAUUAAUUAGUUCUUAUUUCUAAAAAACAAAAAGGGACAUGACAAUAUUGAUAUUCUUUGUUUUUUCGUUUAACCCCUCAGUGUACUUAUUUGUUCUUUAGGUGUCAGUCUGUUGUUAAUGGUUUGGAUUGUUUUUUCUAUGAUUUCAAGAAUUCAAGGAAGGUUUUGUGAGAAUGUUUAUCAAUAGUUUAUUUAAUAAAGCUGUUAAUUUCUACACUUAUUUAAGGGAGAAAAAUAUGGUGCAAAAAAGAACAAAGCAAAAUAUAUUAGCUAAACUAUUCAUGCGUAGGUUUUGUCAUGUAGGUACGAUUUUGCCAAGAGUUAAAGAAGGGAUCUUAAAUGAACAUUAAAUGAAUUGUAAUAUUAAAUUAGAAUGGUUCAGUUUACAGAACACCAACUACAGUACCUACUGAAGUGAUGUAAAGUUUAAAACCUCAAUUCAAGUUAAGUUAGUAAAAUUAUUAUGUGAUCUUAAAACAUUUUCCUUUAAGGUGAAUAACAGAAAUGUAAGUACUAGUUAAUAUUGUUAUGUAUUACAUGUUGAUUUGUAAGUUAUGGUGAUAUUCCAUGUAUAUUCUAUAUUAUUGUAAGAUAUAUGUGUUUAG